CAUUCUUCCACGCAUCCAGCGAAGACAAUUGGAGGAAAGCGCGAUCCUCGUGACUCGCGACCCCUCGGGUUUAAAUCCCCUGCGACGCAGCACAGGCUACUACUUCACCAUCGCCGGAUAAAAUGGUCGACGACGGAGCAACCUCGGCGGCGACGAGCCGGAGAAAGCCGUCGUGGAGAGAAAGAGAAAACAACAGGAGAAGAGAACGGAGGAGAAGAGCAAUAGCUGCGAAAAUAUACUCUGGACUUCGAGCUCAGGGGAACUUCAACUUGCCAAAGCACUGCGACAACAACGAAGUUCUGAAAGCUCUCUGCGCAGAAGCUGGUUGGUGCGUGGAAGAAGACGGAACCACUUAUCGCAAGGGUUGCAAGCCACCUCUGGCCAAUGGUGCAGGGAGCUCCAUGAGAAACAUUACCUUUUCUUCUUCUCAAAAUCCAAGUCCUCUGUCUUCGUCAUUUCCCAGCCCAAUUCCUUCAUACCAAGUGAGCCCUUCCUCCUCCUCUUUCCCGAGCCCGUUUCGUUUAGAUGUGGAUAAGGACAAUGUAUCACACCUCAUUCCAUACAUUCGCAAUGCGUCCUUGUCUCUUCCUCCUCUCAGGAUAUCAAACAGUGCCCCUGUGACACCACCUCUUUCAUCACCAACAUCAAGAAAUCCAAAACCAAUUCCUACUUGGGAGUCUAUUGCCAAAGAAUCCAUGGCCUCCUUCAGUUACCCUUUCUUUGCAGCUUCUGCCCCUGCUAGCCCCACACACCGUCACCUUUACACUCCGCCCACUAUUCCAGAAUGCGAUGAAUCUGAUACUUCCACCGGCGAGUCUGGCCAGUGGGUGAAAUUCCAAGCAUUUGCUCCUUCUUCAUCUGUGUUGCCAAUUUCUCCAACCUUUAAUCUUGUUAAACCUGUAGUUCCACCCGGGAUGCCUGAUAACUCAAUCCAAGAGAUGAGGACGAGUUCAGAUGAGUUUGGGGUACAGGUAAAGCCUUGGGUUGGGGAAAAAAUUCAUGAAGUGGCAUUGGAUGACUUGGAGCUCACACUUGGAAGUGGGAAGGUGCGGAGUUAGGCUGCUAGCAGAAUUACCUCAUCUGGGUUAUGUAAGAAUGAGACCACGGGAUUGUUUUUGCUGGUUGGUUGUUCACUCAACUUGGUGUUAGAGCUUGAGCUAAUAGCUACCUCAUCCAGCUCUGUUGGUGCAAGCAGUUUAUCUGGAAGAGACUAGAGAGUUAUUAUUGGGAACCAGAUUUAUCAGAUAUUGUGGUCAUUUUAUGUAGAAAAUCAUCUCCUUCCAUGCCUUGGGUAAAAUGUAGAAAUGAGAAUUACACUUCAUCCCUUCUUGAUUAAAUCAGCUAUGGUUCAAAAAAUCUCAUCAGGCAUAACUGCUUAAGAGUUAUGUGUUGUGAGUGAUUUGAAUUAGAAAUUUGAGGUUUUGUCAAGUUUAUUGUCUGUCAGAAAGCUCACAAGACCAACUUAUUUGUUAAUGUCAUACAUUUAAGUUGUAUUGUUCUUCUUUAUGUUCUUGUUCUUUGUAUCAAAUAGUUUGUAUGUGAUUUUGAUUUUUACCAAAACCUUAAGACUUAGGUUUAUGGGUUUUCUCCUCACUAUGAUGUUCAACUUUUCCACUUUUGUCCGAUGUGAAACUUCAUCUUACACUUGUAACCCAACAGAGAUUUGCUGUUAUAUUGUCCUCCUGGUUUGGUAAUUGGGUACUUUCUAUAUGUCUUCUUGGGUAAUUCAUUUGUUUCUCGGAGAGUUUCAGUAAUGGCUUUUUGUUUUUUAAAUUUUUUGUUAUUUUCGGUAUAAUUUGUGGUUGGGUGGGGAUGGGUUGGUAGUUUGCAUCUUUGGUUGGGUCUCAUCUUUAUUCCUUUGCUACCCUACAAUAGUUCCUAGCAGAAUCUCGAGGGUGGUCCGUAUAUUUACUAGCCAAAUAUUGGCAUGACCAUAGUUUGCUACAACAAAGCACAUUUGAUGAGGGUACACCAGAAAAUGUUCAAGUGAUCUCUGAUGAUAUCAUUGAUCGUGCAUUGGAACAUAUGAUGUAUCCGUUUUGGCUAGUACUAUAUGCAGAACAGAAGUUGUUGAAUGUCCAUGAUGAAGAAGAGAAGAUGUAGAUCCUCAUGGUACCUAAAUAACUAGGGCAACUUGUCAGAAUGUCUUUAAAUACUCAUGGGUGAUGCGCAGCUUGUGCCAGUUCGUUGAUUGUCUAUUGUUGAAUUUGGCAUGACAAUAAUUGCCCAUGCUGAUUCUGGUUUCAACCUCAUAGAUGUGAAUCCACCUAGGGAAAAUGCUAGUUCCCACCAGAAAUCAAGCUGAAAGAAAACGGAUCCUGGAUUUGUGAUUUAGAUCUCUUCCAUCACAGGGCAUAUGAAUGCUUUAUUUUGGGAUAUAGUCCUGGGAAGGUCAGAUUUUCCAAUGUUUAGUUAAUAGGCCUUCUAAGUAUCAGAUUCAGAUCCCUUCCUUUCCUUGUUUAUAACAGUUCUCACCUGUGUUCUUUUGUACUUAUCAAGGUAAAUAAUACUGAUAACCAAUUAAAAUU